CCUCGACAACUGCUCUUUCUCUCAACCACGUUCACUGUGGUUUCUUUCUAUCGCUUCUAAUUACUCUUGCCUCUCACUCGUUUCGAGGCUUCUUCCAUCGACUGUUGUUUCUACUUCACCUUUCCGACCGUUCCGAUCGUACCACCGCCGUCGCACGAGCAGGUAUCACCACGGGCAGCAACAUGAAGGGAGCCGCCGCAUUGGUAGCGGCUUCGGCUGCGAUCGCAAAUGCUGCUGCUGCACCGAACAAUGUCGCAGCCCGAGCAUCAAAGAUCCAGCCGGUGACUGUCAAGGGCAAUGCAUUCUUCGCCGGCGACCAGCGAUUCUACAUUCGCGGAAUCGACUAUCAGCCGGGAGGUUCCUCACAGGCUGAGGACCCAAUCGCAGAUACCGACACUUGCCAGAGAGACAUUGCUGAGUUCAAGAAGUUGGGCAUCAACACUAUCCGUGUGUACACGGUGGACAACACUGCAAACCACGACGACUGCAUGAGCGCACUGGCAGAUGCUGGCAUCUAUCUUGCGCUCGACGUCAACUCUCCAAAAUACUCAAUCAACCGCGACAAGCCGGCACAAUCAUACAACCCAACAUACUUGCAGUCCGUAUUUGCCACGAUCGAUGCUUUCCAGAAGUACGACAACACACUUCUUUUCUUCUCCGGAAACGAGGUGAUCAAUGCAGACAACAACACCAAUUGCGCGCCUUACAUCAAGGCCGUCACUCGCGACAUGAAGCAAUACAUUGGCAGCAUGGGGUACCGCAGCAUUCCAGUCGGCUACUCCGCCGCUGACGUCGAGAGCAACCGAUUCGAGAUGGCUCAAUACAUGAACUGCGGUACCGAUGACCAGCGCAGUGACUUCUUCGCAUUCAACGAUUACUCUUGGUGUGACCCAUCUUCCUUCACAACCUCUGGAUGGGACCAGAAGGUGAAGCAGUAUGCCGACUACAGCAUUCCACUUUUCCUGAGUGAGUACGGAUGCAUCACCAACAAGAGACAGUUCCAAGAAGUUGCCUCUCUGUACGGUGACGACAUGACCGCUGUUUACUCUGGUGGCCUCGUCUACGAGUAUUCUGAGGAAGGUAGCGGAUACGGCCUUGUCAAGAUCGAUGGCAACUCUGUCACCGAAAAGGACGACUUCCAGGCUCUCGCCGAUGCUUUCGAGAAGACCAAGCCACCGAGUGGCGAUGGCGGCUACAAGUCGAACGGUAGCCCAUCGCAAUGCCCAUCUCAGAGCGACACUUGGGAGGUCACCGAUUUCUCUGGCGAGGAAUUGCCAGCCAUUCCAUCGGGUGCUGAGAAGUACAUGAAGGAUGGUGCCGGAAAGGGCCCAGGUCUCACCGGUCCAGGCUCUCAGGACGCUGGCGGUGCUUCUACCAGCACUGCCUCUCCAGGCUCUGGCAGCGUCACUGCAACCUCUAAGGCCGGUGCUACAUCUUCUGGCGCUGCUGCAGGAUCUCUGGUCAUGGGUGAGAUUGGCUUUGCGCCUUUCAUCUGCACCGGUGUGGUCAUGAUGUGCUCGCUUUUGGGAGCCGGUCUUUUCGUCUGAGACUGGUCGCGAGAAUAUGGCUGAACAGAGUGGUGUAUAAAUUCGCUGCGGCGAGGACUGCUUGGGAUCACAAGGGAAUAGAGGUGCUGCUGCUACCGCCAGCGCACAAAUCAUGAUGGCGUUGGAUGCACCAUAGUUGAAAGGAAUGUUUAUUUCUGUCAUUUUCCAAC